GCCGAAAGUUUAUAGUAUUAUACGACUUGUUUUAUUUUUAUAAUUAUUGUCAGGAUUAGUUAAAAGAAAAAACGAUGAUUUAUUGCACUUAAUUAACAGCAAUGGCAGGAAUGUAAUCACUCACGGAGUCAAACUUCUUUGCAUAACUCUACCACUGGCUAGUGUGGCUCUCAAGAAAGAUUUGGAAAUGGAAGGAAACAUAAUCCAACCACUAAUCGGAGCUCUAAUAAGCUCAACCAUCGCUAUAAGAGCAUACAAGAGGAAAUCUCUCAACUUAUCAGGCGCUAUUGCCGGUUUUCUUGUUAUGACCAUUCAUUUCGCUGUCAGUUACAGGUUUGGAGCCAUAAUACUUGCGUUCUUUCUUUCUUCAUCGAAACUUACAAAGGUUGGUGAAGAAAAGAAGAGACGCAUUGACGCUGAUUUUAAAGAAGGUGGACAAAGAAACUGGAUACAAGUUCUAUUCAACAGUGGUAUAGCUACAGUUUUGGCCUUGGCUAUUUGGAAAUUAAGGGGAUGGCAGGAAGUCUGCUUGGACACAAAAGAAUCAACUGUGCUUACUGCUCUACUUGGUGGUAUAAUUGGUCAUUAUUCUUGCUGCAGUGGAGAUACUUGGUCUUCAGAGCUUGGUGUGCUUAGUGAUGCAACACCUCGAUUGAUCACAACCUUUAAGCAUGUUCGGAGGGGCACAAAUGGUGGUGUGACAAUAGCAGGACUUGCAGCUGCAGCAGCAGCAGGCGGUGUUAUUGGAGUUACAUUUGUCCUCUUUGGACUUUUCACAACAAGCUGCGAAUAUAGUGUAGCUCUGAAGCAACUUUUGGUUAUACCUCUCUCUGUAAUGGCAGGAGUAUGUGGGAGUCUCAUAGACUCUCUACUGGGAGCUACACUUCAAUUCAGCGGAUUCUGCACUGUUCGUAAUAAAGUGGUUGGAAAACCAGGACCAACAGUGAAGAAAAUUUCAGGGCUUAGCAUUCUUGACAACAAUGCUGUGAAUCUUAUUUCAAUAAUUUUGACCUCAUUACUAACUUCAAUUUUCUGUGUAUACAUUUUCUAAACCAUUUUUUCUGUUUUGGUAAUCAUGAGAUAGCACACCAAACAUUGUGCUUUUGCAAGUGAAUAAUGUAUCAAUUUUAAGGAGAAAUACUAAUCAUCGUCAUGUGGAGAAACUUGGUAAUCCAGAUCUUUUGAUUUUCUUGUUUUGAUAA